AUGGUCGAAAUGUUUCCACUUAGAUCAGAAGGUGCUGCGUAUAAUAAAAUUAAAGGGAUGCUUUCGACUGUUGGAGAUCCUUUUACGCGCAUAAUCAGUCCUAAGGAAUAUCGAAGUUUUAGAAUAGAAAGCGACGGAAAUUUGCAAGGUGUCGGCUUAUUUAUCAACGUUGAACCGCAGACCGGACACAUGGUUUUUUUAUUGUGCAUAGAGAAUAGCCCAGCUGAGCGAGCUGGUAUACGCGAAGGAGAUGAGCUAAUGGAAAUAAACGGUGCAAGACUCGCCGGAGUGGCAAGUGAAGCAGCUGCACAAAAGCUCAGGGGACAUGUCGGAACAACUGUUACAGUAAAAGUUCACACUGUUGAUGACUUCGGGAGUUCUUAUAUCAGAGAGGUUAAUAUACCCCGUGAGGUAAUCAAACUUUCGCCGAUAUCGAGUGCUAUAAUUCCUCACAAAUUGCCAGACGGACAUUUAUCGAAGACGGGAUAUGUGAAAUUAGCAACUUUUUCUCAGACCGCAGCAUUGGAGAUGGAGAAUACGGUUCAUGAGAUGGAGAGUCAAGGUGUUCAAUCGUACAUAUUGGAUCUUAGAAACAAUCCGGGCGGUUUGGUAAAAGCAGGAUUCGAUGUCGCUCAGAUUUGGCUCGACGGAACCGAGACUUUAGUCAACACUAUCGAUACAGACGGGAAUAUGUUACCAAUAGACAUGAUCGAUGGUCAUGCUUUAACACGCGAUCCACUUGUUGUCCUUAGAGACAUCGUAUACACGGGACACACUCUCAAAACUUCAUCGUUAGCUAUGAGCCGCAUGCUGAUGAAGAACAAAAAAGUGCUCGACGACGACACGCCUGCUUGGUUUUCCCUUUUCUUCUAUUCCGCGCGCGGCAGAACGAUGCCGUUUGGCCAACAAUUGUUGACUUCUGCCGCCGCCUCGUUCGAUGCCCGCCGUCGCCGCUUCGUUCGAGGCCCGCCGUCGCCGCUUCAUUCGAUGCCCGCCGUCCUUGCCGCCAACGUCACUUCCCACCGCAUUUUUCCUCCAAUGGCAGGCGUCUCCACUUUCGAUCACACCCGAAAUUAG